UCCAUCUCUCCGCCUCUCAAUCCAGGGCUUUCUUUAUAUCUUGCUCAACCUCGUUUUGAAAACAUGCACCAGCUCGUGGUUGGCUGGUUUGAGCCUUUGCUUCGCCCGAAUUCUACCAAUGAAAAGACAAACUCUCAAGGCCUGUCGGGAAAGGGAACUGGCCUAUAAAAACGACUAGGGAGAAAAGCCAUAUCUGUUAAGAAUCUGGCAAAGUAUCUUUUCCCUACUGUUUCUUACUUUUACGUAGAAAUCGGAGGCGCCGACCAGUGAAUUUGGGUGGUGCUUCGGCCACCAUGGCGGAAGGGGACAAUCGCAGCAGCAACCUGCUGGCUGCAGAAACUGCCAGCCUGGAAGAACAGUUACAAGGAUGGGGAGAAGUGAUGCUUAUAUCUGAUAAAAUCCUUCGAUGGGAAAGAGCCUGGUUUCCACCUGCGGUUGUGGGUGUUGUUUCUUUGGUAUUCCUUUUGAUCUACUACUUAGAUCCAUCUGUUCUUUCUGGUGUUUCCUGUUUCGUUAUGUUUUUGUGCCUGGCUGACUACCUUGUACCCAUUCUUGCUCCUAGAAUAUUUGGUUCCAAUAAAUGGACUACUGAGCAACAGCAAAGAUUCCAUGAAAUCUGCAGCAAUCUAGUGAAAACACGGCGCAGAACUGUUGGCUGGUGGAGACGCCUCUUCACACUGAAGGAAGAAAAACCUAAAAUGUACUUCAUGACCAUGAUUAUUUCCCUUGCUGCAGUUGCUUGGAUUGGACAGCAAGUCCAUAAUCUUUUCCUCACAUAUCUUAUUGUGACAUUCUUACUGUUACUUCCUGGACUAAACCAACAUGGAAUCAUUUCAAAGUACAUUGGAAUGGCCAAAAGGGAGAUAAACAAGCUCCUCAAACAAAAGGAGAAGAAAAAUGAAUGAUGCAUCUCUUUCAGUAUCAUCAGUGUGACGUUGUGUCCUUGGGAAAAGUUUCUACAAAAUACUAAAAUGUUACAGAAGCACAUUUUUACUUUCUCAUUCAACUUCUGAUUGGCUCUUGAUAAAAAUUUGAGACUGACUAGUUGAGAAGUCCCAUGCAUAAUAUCUUUAUGUAAAGUUCAACAGAAUGUGUCUUCACUGAUUAAUAUUGAUAACAUGGAAAAUUGCUGUCUGUGAAAGGGCUUCCUCUGGUCUUGUUCUUAUUUCUUUACCCAAGGUUAACUAGACUGGCAUUUUUAGGGAACUAAAACAAUUCUAUAGUAUAGUAGUUUAGUAAUUCACUAGUAUAGUAAUUCACUUUAAUCUUUAGAAUGUUAAUAGUAACUUGAGUAAUAAGUCCAUCUUACAAUGGAAAAUCUCAGGUUAAACUUAUUCCUCCUAGAGAAAUAGUGAUGGUCUGUGGUUAUAGAAAAUAGGUUUCACAUCCUGCUUCAAAAAUUUGGCUCCGUGGAUUGUAAUGACCAAUUUUGUCACUUCUGAUGAAGAGACCAAUUAACAUUAAUUUUCCAUUCCUAUUAUCAUGGAGAUGCCCACAGAAUUAUUGAAAAAUAGUUCCAUGGCCUAGCUAAUGGUUGGUUAUUGUUUUCCCCCUAUGAAACAUCUUGACAGUGGGCAAAAAUUUGACCAUUUCUGCUAAGUAGCCAUCAGGCAUAGGUUAUCAAUCUCCUGCCCCCUCACUUAAGAUGUGGUUAAGUUCUAUUUAGUAAAUUGUUGAGAAGCUUCCUUAUAGUAAUUCCUAAACAGUCUUACUGUUAUAAUUGUCUAAAUCCCUAGUUUGGGGAAGAGGGCAAAGGAAAAACUGAUGAAUGGUCAUCAUUAUAUAAAAAUUAGAAACAGUUGUGGCCAAUAGCAUUCUUUCCUAACUUAAGAGUUAGGCCAAACAAUGCAAUUUAACCUUAUGUUAGUCAAGCUCCACUCUAGUAGAUAACAGAUCUCAUGAGAUACUAUUUUAAAUUCUCAAAUCUAGAAUGUGACUCAGGUUAUUAGUUAUAAGACAUUGCUUUCAUCAUAGGUUUAGCAUUAAAAAAAAGAUUGCCUCUGUCCUUUUCUUUGACCACUCCAUAGAGUACAAAAGGGUUAUUGGUAAAAAGCAUGCUAGAAAGAGUGCCCCUGUUAUUUGUAUGUUUUGAAUUUACCUGAUAUUCAUAUUCUAUUCCGUGUAGUAGCCAGAAAUUGAGGUAGCUUUGAAUUUAAAUGAAACCUCUGAAGCUUGCAGCACUUGCUCUCCAUCAACACCCUGCCCCCUGUGAAAAAUGUCAAGGAAUGUUUAGAAACAAUAUAUAAACUCUUUUAUUAACUAUGAUGUAGUUUUGUGAAUUUAAUUGCACUGAAAUCAUAAGAACUGGGCUGUGAUAUUUAAGUUCUAACAGCAAAUUUUUGUUUUCAGAAUACUACUGUAGCCAAGGAGCCCAUGUAGUAUGAUUAGUUUUAUGAAUGUUGUCUGAUAAACCACCUAGAAAAUAUUGCAUUUAUUUCCUCUUGUAAAUAAGCCUGUCUUCAUAGCUGUUUUUGUGUGUUGUACUGAUGACCUCUGCUGUUUUAAUCCUGUAUUAUUCCUUCUACUGUGUUUUGUGUAGAAAGAAGUGGGAAGAGAAUAAAGAGGGGAAAAAAAUAAAAAUAACUCUUCACUUAA